CUGUGCCGCUGCGACAGCAAGCUGCUGUACUGUGAGGGGCUCAACCUCACAGACAUUCCCCGCAAUCUGAGCAGUGCCAUGGGCCUGUCCAUGAGAGAGAACAACUUAACCGAGCUGCGUGAAGGCCAACUGGCUGGUCUGUCGCAGCUAACCUGGCUCUACCUAGACCACAACAACAUUGACAUUGUAGAGGAGGGUGCUUUUGAAAGGCUAAGGCGGGUUAAGGAGUUAGACCUCAGCAGCAAUCGCAUUGAGAGUCUGCCAAAUGGUACCUUUAGGCCCCUGCCAAACCUGCGUAUCCUGGACCUCUCUUACAACAGGCUACAGGCACUGGAGCCCGACCUGUUCCAUGGCCUUAGAAAGCUCACCAAUUUGCAUUUGCGCUACAAUACUCUCAAAUUUGUGCCAGUGCGGAUUUUUCAAGACUGCAGGAGCAUGCAGUUUCUGGACUUGGGAUACAACCAGCUGCAGAGCCUGGCAAGAAACUCCUUUGCUGGCCUUUUCAAGUUGACCGAGUUGCAUCUUGAGCACAACGAGUUGGUCAAAGUAAACCUUGCCCACUUCCCUCGCCUCAUGUCUUUACGUACUUUGUACAUGCACAACAAUCGGGCCACUAUUGUUGUUAAUACACUGGAGUGGACAUGGACUUUUUUAGAGAAGAUCGACCUAUCGGCAAAUGAAAUUGAAUACAUCGAGCCGCAUGUUUUCGAGAGCACCCCGAACCUCAAGGUGUUGAUGCUCGACUCCAAUCGGUUGACCUCUGUGGAUCAGCGCAUCCUGGAUUCCUGGUCAUCUCUGGACAGCAUUACCUUGGCGGGGAAUGACUGGGAGUGCAGUCGUAACGUGUGUGCCUUGGCCUCUUGGCUGAGUGCCUUCCGAGGCCAGCGUGACAGUUCCCUGCUGUGUUCCAGCCCUGACACUGCACAGGGCGAGGAUGUGUUGGAUGCUGUCUAUGCUUUCCAGCUAUGUGAGGAUUCCCCAAAAGAGGUGACCACAGCAGGCCUGUAUGUCUCAACACGGGAUCUGGCACAGGGUGGCUCGGUGUUUUUGGGCCCAUUCACACCAAACCCUUACGAGGGCGAGGGCAGUGAGGUGGUCACAAGUUCUUUCACCGUCACAGUCGGCCCCGAUGACGUUGAGAGCACCAUGCAGAUCCACAAAGUGGUGACUGGCACCAUGGCGCUCAUUUUCUCCUUUUUCAUCAUAGUGCUCAUGCUCUACGUGGCAUGGAAGUGCUUUCCAGCUGGAGUAAGGCAACUAAGGCAGUGCUUUAGCAGUCAACGUCGCAAGCAGAAGCAAAAGCAAAGCAUGCAGCAGAUGGCUACCAUCUCCACACCGGAGUACUAUGUUGACUAUAAACCCAACCACAUUGAAGGAGCUUUGGUAAUCAUCAAUGAAUAUGGCUCUUGCACUUGCCAACAGCAAACUUCUCGGGAAUGUGAGGUGUGA